CUCCCAAGACUCCCUCCACCAAGAUGAGCGACACUACGGUUGGCGCGCCCAUGGCACCGCAAAACCACCCUGAUCCCGCUGCCGCUGCCGCCGCCGCAGCUGCAGCUCAACAAUUGCAACAGGCAUCGCCUACUCAGCAACAUCAGCAGUUGCAAGCACAUCAACUCCAGCACCAGCCUCUGCAACAACAGUCGCUCGCCCAGCAGUCUCUCCAACAAUCUCCUACCAUCCAACAUGCGCUCCAGUCACCCAUGCAGCAGCAUACAUCGCCUCAACCCGUACAGCAACACAUCGGCACCCCUUCUCUUGGACAGAGCAGUACCGUCGACUCGCUCACCUGCCAGUGGCUGAACUGUGGUGAGCGCCACCAGACCGCCGAAGCACUCUACGAGCACGUCUGUGAGCGCCACGUCGGUCGCAAGAGCACAAACAACCUCAACUUGACAUGCCACUGGGGUUCAUGCCGCGUCACUACCGUCAAGCGUGACCACAUAACAUCUCACAUUCGCGUCCACGUCCCCCUCAAGCCUCAUAAGUGCGACUUCUGUGGCAAGGCCUUCAAGAGACCCCAGGAUCUGAAGAAGCACGUCAAGACUCAUGCCGAUGACUCUGUACUCCUUCGCUCUCCCGACCCGAACAUGGGCCAGAACAGACCUCCUGGUAACAACUACCAACAAGGCCAACCCGCCAACAACGGCUACUAUGGCCAUGAUCUUGGAGCCACCAACGGUUACCCUCACCCCAACCACGGCCUGAACAGCAACAACUUCUUCCAGCAGCCUCAGCAGCAGCCUCAGUACGCUGGUUACGGCCAAGUCAACUACCCCGCUAGCAACAGCCUUGCCGACAUCCAAAGCAUGGACACCCGCAGACGUGCCAUUGAGGCCUUGAACGACUUCCUUGGCGAUAUCAAGCGCCGUGCUAUUGACCCUGGCAACUACUACGAUGUUGGUCAGCGCCUUCAGUCGGCCAACCUGCCGCUCCCUAUCAGCACCGGCUACGGCUACUCCACUGGCAACAACUACGCCAGCAACAACAACUCGUCAUACAGUGCAGCCAGCUCGUUGCUUGACAGCUUCAACAACUCUGGCAACAUGCAGAUGACUGGCGGCAGUGGCGGUAGCAUGUCUCAGGGUCCGCUUACCCAGUCAUACUCGCUGCCUUUGCCUUCAAACGCUCGCACAAAGCAAGACUUGGUCGAGAUUGAUAAAUUCCUCGAGCAGCUACAAGCCACCGUCUACGAGAGCAGCAACAGUGCUGCCGCCGCUGGUGUCCAGCAGCCUGGUUCCCACGCUCAAUACACCAACUACCCUGGCUUUGGCAGCCAGUACCGCAACAGUGAUAGCCCUCCCAGCAUGCAGCACUCUGGCUCAGUCUCCACUCCGGGAGUCGGCUCGCUCUCCAACAUGCCUUCUAGCAGCGCUAUGGAUACUCCUGCUCUCACACCUGCCUCUGUCUCGUCUUACACCUCGGCUGGACAGUCUCCCAUGUCUACUCACUCUCGCUCUAGCAUGAGCAGUGUUCACGGUAGUUCCAUGUACCCCAACCUCCCAUCCGUUACAGCUAUCUCUGACAUGGGUGCUGGCUACCCUGCCACGACCUCUGCCCCCGCAUCCGGCCUUGCUUCCGGCUUCGAGGGCUUCGAGGGCCGUCGCUACAGCGGUGGUCGUCUCCAGCGCGAGGCUCCUGCUCCUCGUCCUCAUGAUCUUGACUCUGAUGCCAUGGAGACCGAGUCCGAAGGUGCCAAGACCCCCCGUGCUAGCACCAGACAGCCUGAGGAUUCAUCUUCUCUUGACCCUGCCCUCCGUGCUGCCUCUCAGACUUCGACUGCCGUCCAGAGCCCCAGUACUGGUGCAGGCAGCGACUCCGAUGAGAAGCAGGCCACUUGGGUCGAGAACGUUAGAGUUAUUGAGGCUCUUCGCAGAUGGGUCAGCGAAAGAAUCAACAACCAAGAGUUUGAAGGCGAAGCUGAGUACCCCGAGACUCAACAUCACGUCGAUCACGACAUGCACAUGGACCACCAACCUUCUGAAGACAAGGUCCUUGAACCUCAGUACGAGCAGGUUCACCACCCCGAGCACAUUCAGCAUGAGCAGCACGAGCAACACGAGCAAGUACACGAGCAGCAGCAGACCGCGCCCGAACAUGACGCCAGUGUUGCUUACCCUGUGCUGAAGGUCGAAGAGUAAGAAGAUAACUUCUCUAUUCUUUUGACGUGUACGACAUGCUUUGCUUCUCUUAUGGCGGAUCACGAGUAAACGGAACGGAUCACGGGAUGGCGUUAGACUCGCUUGUUUCUGUAACAGAUGAGCUUGAAAUGGGCGUUCGAGGGUGGAUCAUAGUGCGUACAGCACUGCCUAUAUGGCUGUUUUGGGAUUUUCUUGUUCUUUUAUUAUUAGUUGCAGGUCUUCAGACAGCAGGCAUUCCAUACCCCGUCGCUGUCUGUAUGUUCCUUUACUAGUUCUCGUAAUUUUAUUUUCUUGCGCUUUCUCAUGAUAACAUCUCCUGA